AUGUCGGAAAUUAAGGAAGAUCCCACCGUUUUGAAGCGUCGUUCAGAUGAUAAUGAUGCGGCAGAAAUUGCUGAAAAAUCCGCCAGUAAGAAGAUCAAGCUUGACCUUCAAGAACCUGAGAAGUUAGACGUUGCUGACGAGUCCAAAUCAUCUGAAGCUUCAGUCGCUAUUGAAGAAAAAGAAGCAAUUAAACCAUCUGUUGUUAUUGACAAAUACAUAAUUUUACCUAUUGCUACCAUUGGGUGUGGCAAAACAACUGUUGCCCAGACUUUGCAAAAAUUAUAUCCUUAUUGGGGCCAUGUGCAAAAUGACGACUUACCUGAAGGAAGACAUAAGCUUGAGAAAGAAUGUUUGAAAUUCUUAUCGUCAGUCUCUGAUGCUUCUAAAACCAUUCGUGAUGAAAAUAACGUAUUGUUUGUUGAUAGAAAUAACCAUAUGAUUAAAGAAAGAGCCUCAUUUUUUGAAAACAUGGAUUCCUUGAAGGCCGAGUUUUUUGGCACUGAUCCUACAGUUGAAUAUAAAUUUCACUAUAUUGCUUUGAACUUUUUGCCAAACAGACCUAAUUUGUUGCAGGAUACUAAUUUGUGGGACCUCACUCUCGAUAGAAUCGUGAAAAGAGCAUCGGAACAUCAGUCCAUCAAAACCGAUGACAAGGAUAGCCGUGCUAAAACUGAGGAUAUAAUGUGGGGCUUCAUUGAAAGAUUUGAAUCUCUUAACCCUGAAUCUCUCCCUGAUAAAUCUUUUGAAGAUAUUUUAACUCUUGAUGUUUAUGGAGAAGGUGAUAGCUCUAGAAACAAUGUUGAUAUUGUAUUGAAGCAAUUGAAAGAGAAAUUUCCAGAAACUUUGGAUAGCGAGAAAUCUGGUGCAGAAAUUGACGAAGCAUUCAAGGCUGCUCUUCAAUAUAAACCGUUGGUGAGAAAAGUGUGGCUAAGAGGUGGCAAGAGUGUUAUCUAUACAAAAAAGGAAAAAGUAUACCGUGGCAAGGCUGUAGGUGAAGAAGAUGUUGGAAUUACCAGCUAUGUGUCACCUAAUCAAUUAGCUUUUGCUGGGACCUUGAAACAGAGAUAUAUGGAUUUCUUAGUCAAUGAAAUUGACAUGGAUGGGAAUGUUGUUCAUUUGUUGGAUGAAGGGUUCGUUACCGGGCAAAAUAAGAAGCGUGAGAAAAGAUCUCAGGAUGGUUCUCAUGAUGCCAAAGUCAAAGAAGCCGAAGCGAAAGAAUCAAAACCUGAAGACACAAAGGCUAAUGAUGGAGCCGUUAACGAGUCUAAAACUGCCGAAGACUCCAAAACCGCUGAGGAAUCGAAGACUGAAAAAUCCACGGAGGAAGAAGCUAAACCAAAAUACGAAAUCACUGAUGAACAAAAAUCUAAGCUCAUUGAAGCAUUGGGGGAAUCUGACUUUAAUGCUUUGAUUGAUAUUGUGGUCAACCGCAGUAAAAUGAUGAUCAGUACUAACAAAUUUGAAAGCAAGCAACAGAGAACUGAAUUACAUCAAUUGCUUCGUAAUGCAUUCAAUGGGAAGUUAGAAUCCAUCACUAACUCUGAUAACACCAUGAAAAUUGCCAUCUCAAACAGAAAUUCCAGAGGAAACCGUAAUGGAAAUCAACAAAAGGAUGUGUUUGGCAUUGGUCCAAAAAGAUCGCAUUUGCAUUUUGUUAUGUUUAAACAAAAUAAGGAUACUAUGGAAGCGGUCAACAUCAUCGGUAAAUUGACCAGAAUGGGGACUAAGAUGAUUAGAUAUGCUGGUACCAAGGACAAGAGAGCUGUCACAGUUCAAAGAAUGUGUAUUACCGGAGGAGAUGUCGGCAGAAUUAAUAGUUUGAAUAAGACCUUGAGAGGUAUAAAAUUGGGAACUUUCAGUUAUCGUGAUGAAGGUAUGAAUUUGGGUGACCUUAAGGGGAAUGAGUUUGUGAUUACCAUUAGAGAUGUUGAAAAGGCUGGUGAAGAUAAUCAAAAAUCAAUCAAGGAGAUCAUUACCGAAAACUUCGAAGGGUUGAAGGAGCGUGGGUUUAUUAACUACUUUGGGAUGCAAAGAUUUGGUACUUUUUCGGUGUCAACCCAUGAGGUAGGUAAAGAAAUUCUUCUUGGUAAAUGGGAGGAUGCAUGUGAGUUAUUGUUAUCUAACCAAGAAUUUGUAUUACCAGAUUCGGUUCAAGCAAGAGAGAUAUGGGAAUGUACCAGAAACCCAAUAUGGACUCUUGAAUUGAUGCCAAAGAAGUGUGCUGCUGAAACCUCUAUUUUGAGAACUUUGGCAGACAGUUAUAGAUCUACCGGAUCGAGCAAAUUUGAGUCAAAUGUCUAUUUCCAAGCAUUAAUGAAGAUCCCAAGGAACUUGAGAAUUAUGUAUGGUCAUGCUUACCAAAGUUAUGUUUGGAACUGUGUUGCCAGUAAAAGAUACGAAUUAUUUGGUUUGGAAGUUGUUGCUGGAGACUUGGUUAUCGAUGAUGAAGAUAAUGUCGCCAAGAAGGUUGAAGAUGAUGACGAAGAAUUGGAAGGGGGUGAGGACAUUAGAAAAGCCAAAUACAUUAGGGCUAGACCAAUUACCGAGGAAGAAGUUAAGGCUAAAAAAUUUUCAGCUUAUGAUGUUGUUUUGCCAACCCCAGGUUUUGAUGUUGUUUAUCCUGAAAAUUCAGAUAUCAGACAAGUUUAUGUUGAUGUGAUGAGUAAGGAUGGAUUAGAUCCUUUCAACAUGCAAAGAAAUAUUCGUGAAUUUUCAUUUGCCGGAUCUUAUAGAACUGUUCUUAAUAAGCCGAAAAACUUGGAGUUCCAUGUUAGACAUUAUGAUAGUCCAACUGAUGAACUAGUUGCCGAUGAUUUGCAAAUGUAUCAAAACUUCAAAAUGGAAACUUUCAAAAGACGUGUCGAAGAUGAAGUGAAGUACGAAUUUGAUGGUGCCAAAAGAUUUUUACCUGAAAUCGACAACAAUAAGUCUAAAUUGGCAGUUAUUGUUAAAAUGCAAUUGGAUACUUCUACUUAUGCCACUAUGGCUUUGAGAGAAUUGAUGAAAAUCGAUACUACACGUCGUGGGGAAAGUUUGAGCGUCAGAACUUGA